UUUUUUUUUCUUUUAAUAUAAAGGUUCAGCAUAUUUAUUAGUGCCAGUUAAUACCGCCUGAAAAGUUUGAAAUACAGAUACCAAUUCUAUUAUUCAUGUUAUUGAUGACAGUGGCAGUGGUUGUAUUUAUUAAUUAUAUAAUUUUCAGUGGUUGUUGACAUAUAAAGCCCAUGUGUGCACUAAAAAAACGUAUGCAUUAUGCAAACUACAUGUUCCCUUCUUAAUAGGUCUGAAUAUUGAUAAUGUGAGAUGAAGUGAAAUUCUGCAAUUUGUCUUUAUUUAUAUAGAUGAAGAACAUUUUUGUCCUUUUUUUGGAACAGACUUAGUUUUGCUAUUCUUCAAACUACUUGUUUCGCAAUCUUCAUCUUCUAACAAAGUCAUCUAGCAUCUGUUUGGGUUCUUUUGUUCGUAUUCCAGUGUCACAUAUUGAUCCAAGUCUUUCCAAUGCACGAUUGUAGACAAUAAAACAGGUCCUAGUUCCUUAGUUUCACCAACUUGGCUGAGAACAUUCUAUUGUUCCUUCAUUUGUAUUUUUUAUCUUUUUAUUUUUUUCUAUGUACAUAAAGUCACUUUAUCAAGGGUUCUCAUGUUCCUUAUGCCAAUUCUAGAAUUCUGAUUCCUUGUACUUCACCCCUAAGAAGGUACCAACCAAUUCUGUUAAUGGGUCCCUUUGGGUUAGGCCUAAUAGGCAGUUGCGCUGAUGAAAUCCAAAAACUGACAAGCCAACCGAUGAAAUCAUGAUAUUUACACUCCCCUUUCACUUGACAUACCACAUGACUCUGCAUUCCCCGGCCUCAACUAUCAUUAUUCUACUGUUUUCCAUUAGGUCUCAUCUUUAGUCUUGUCUUCUUCUUCAUCUUCUUCUUCUGCAUCAAGGUAAAUGCUAUAAUUUGUAAGGUGAAGACCCACAGAGAGGCUUAAUCCUGUCAUUCACAAUAUAGAGGCACGAGUAGGAUACUGCUCGUCUAUGAGGAUCCAUGGUGUCCCUACUUAUUUCUGUUUCUUCUACUUUUUCUCUUCCAAUGUUUCUCUUUAUUUCCUGGUGCAUUAAGUUCUCUCGCUCUGCUGUGCCAAUUUUGCAAUGAAUUGACCUCCCUCUUAGCUGUCCGAGACUCAUGAAAAUAAAAGGUGGCUCACUUUUGUUUUCUUUUCCUAACCAAGAUUACUUUUCUUUCUGCUUACCCUUCAAUAAACUUAGUUGACACUAUUUGGAACAUUUUCUAUGUAACUGUGUUAGAUUAUUUUUAACAUGAAAAUAGUCAUGAAUUUGCAUUUCUUAUAUUAUGGCCUUUCUAAGCUGAAAACCACAGUUCUCAUAGGCUUGUGGCUCGACAUGACUAAUCCCGUCUAAUUUGUUCCCCAGAUUUCCCUUGCUUUGGAUCUAUUAUCCUUCGCUUCUUGCUGUUGUACUUAUUCUUUUGUAGGUUUUUUGAUGAAUGCUUGUGUUCCAUAAAGCUGCAUGUAGGGCCAUCAAAAUUAUGUUGAAGUCAUCCGCAUUCUUGUUCCGAAACAGCCUUUAUUGUGAUCAUUUCUGAGAGGAUAACUUGCCUUACGACCGACUGGGCUGAAUCUAUCGCCACGUGGACAGAGGUAGAGUCGCGGCGUGUCCAUCAAGGUGAAAUCCAACGUCCGUUAAGCCUCGGAGCCAUCAAUGGGGCAGCUAGAGCUAACUGCUCUUCUUUGGGCUCUGGGUUGCUCCAGAGCAAGAGGCUCGGCACCAGGUUCGGACCCCCUCAUUUUGAACGGCUGUGAUUGCAUCUAUGCUGCCCACUCCUAUUUAGUCUCUCCGCACAGAGUUGUUACGAAAUUCAAGUGAGAAUUUGGCCUUGGUCUCAGUCUCUCCUCUCUCGUUGCAAAACGCAGCGUUCUAGGGUUUUCUGAUAGCUGAGCUUCUUGUAGUGGCGACGCAAAUGGCCGACCACGAGGAUUCAACUCCUUCCCCCGUUGAAUCGAUGAUGGAGAAGAUCUCCGAGAAGAUCCACGGUCACGAUUCGUCGUCUUCUGAUUCCGACAACGAGAAAUCGUCUCCCUCAGCUUUCAAAGCCAAGGUUUAUCGGAUCUUCGGCAGGGAAAAGCCUGUUCACAAGGUUCUCGGCGGUGGAAAACCUGCUGAUGUUGUUCUGUGGAGGAACAAAAAGAUUUCGGCAGGAGUGCUUGGUGGUGCAACUGCAGUAUGGAUUCUAUUCGAGUUGCUUGAAUACCACCUGCUAACUCUAGUCUGUCAUUGCUCCAUACUCGCACUGGCAAUAUUGUUCUUGUGGUCCAAUGCAACCACCUUCAUCAACAAGGCACCACCACACAUUCCAGAAGUCCACAUUCCAGAGGAUCCAGUUCUGCAGUUUGCCUCGGCUUUGAGGAUUGAAAUCAACCGGGGUUUUACUCUCUUGCGCAAUGUUGCAUCUGGCAAAGAUCUGAAGAAGUUUCUCUCGGUGAUUGCUGGCUUGUGGGUGGUGUCAAUUGUGGGCAGUUGGUGUAACUUCUUGACCUUGUUCUACAUAGUUUUUGUUUUGCUUCACACCGUGCCUGUGCUGUAUGAGAAAUAUGAGGACCCAGUGGACUCAUUUGCAGAGAAGGCAAUGGUGGAGAUCAAGAGACAGUAUGCAGUGUUUGAUGCAAAGGUGUUAAGUAGGAUUCCAAGGGGUCCAUUGAAGGACAAGAAGAUUGCGUAAGAAGGGGUGGUCGUAGUUAGAGCCUUUUGAUAGGGUUUUGACAGACAUUUGGUAGCCAUGUUUUGUGAAGGUGUCGUGAAUUUUUAUCCAUUAUUGGCUAGAACCCAAUUUUUUAUUUUUGUGUUUGUUCUUCCAGCGAGUUUGGGUUCACAAUGUGGAUGAACAUGGAUAUUUGUUACACUUGCAUUUGCUACACAUGGGCGGUAUUUACGUGAUA